AUGUCUACUGCUACCACUACCUCUCUCAAUUCGACCGCCAGCAGCUGUCCUCCCCCUUCGGCUCAGCUGCGCAAAUGGAAUGCAAGGAUGCACGAUGAUCAUGGCUGGCUCAAGACGUUCCUCACAUUCAGCUUUGCCGGACAUCAUGACCCAAAGUGGGAUAGCUUUGGUCCUUUGAGGGUGGUGAAUGAGGAUCGUAUCGAGGCAGGGACUGGCUUCCCACCUCACUCACACGCAUCCUACGAGAUCUUCUCCUAUGUCCUCUCCGGCGAGCUCACACAUCGCGAUAGCAUGGGCAAUCUCGAGACGCUCAAGCGUGGCGAAAUUCAAUACACCCGCGCAGGCACGGGUAUCAAGCAUAGCGAGUACAACAAUCAGAAAGGUGGAGCAGGAACACAUUUCAUGCAGAUCUGGUUCAUUCCAACAAGAGAAGGCCAGCGCAUGUCGCCUACCUACUUCUCGACACAAUCCCCCGCCGAGCUGAAGCAGGACAAGCUCCUCACCCUCAUACGGCCACACUGGUCUCUUCCCGCCGAGCAACAAUCAACUGGCGGUCUCCUGCAGCCCGGUCAGCCCAUUCCAGCUCAAGCCAGUCUCGUAGUGAGAGCAGCUGUCCUCUCUCCCUCUUCUUCUGCAGGGGGAGACGCAACGCAGAGUGCUGGAGUGACACACACCUGGGGUCAGGACACGGAUGUAGAGUCGUCCACGGGAGAGGAGCGCUGGGGCGUCAUCCACCUCGCGAUGAACUCCGGCUACAAAGACCCGAAGAGCAGGACAGCCUCUGGAGUGGGAGCCAAGCCUGACGAAUCGAAAGUCCGGGUGGAGCUGCUUUCAGGCGAGGGCGAGAUGCAGGGGGAAGGUUACGAGCUGACGGAGGGUGACGCACUCUUUGUCAAGGGAGCGAGGGUGGGGCAGCAGGUACGGGUGAAGCAUCUUGCUGGAAGAGAGGCAGAGUUCCUCCUGUUCGAUCUGCAGAGGGGAUGA